CUCCCCCUCCCCGAUCCCUAGGGUCCGGGGAUGGGGGGGCGGUGAGGCAGGCACAGCCCUCCGCCCCCAUGGCCACCCGUCGGAGCCAGAGGCGGAGGGGGCGUCGGGGGGAGCUGGGCACCGCCCUGCUGGCCCGGCUCAUGCUGGGCCUGGGCCUGGCUCUGGCCUGCACUGGCCUCCUGCUGGCCGUGGUCAGCCUGGGGAGCCGGGCAUCGCUGUCCGCCCAGCAGGCGUCUUCCCCCGGGGAGCUGGUGGCAAAGGAGGAGCCGGAGCCCCCGGAGCUGAAUCCCCAGACAGAGGAAAGCCAGGAUCCUCUGCCUUUCCUGAACGGACUAGUUCGGCCUCGCAGAAGUGCACCCAAAGGCCGGAAGCCCCGGAUUCGCAAAGCCAUUGCAGCUCACUAUGAAGUCCACCCUGGACCAGGACAGGAGGGAGCACAGGCAGGUGUGGAUGGCACGGUGAGUGGCUGGGAGGAAGCCAAAAUCAACAGCUCCAACCCUCUGCGCUAUGACCGCCAGAUCGGGAAAUUUAUAGUCACCCGGGCAGGGCUCUACUACCUGUACUGUCAGGUGCACUUUGACGAGGGGAAGGCCGUCUACCUGAAGCUGGACUUGUUGGUGGACGAUGUGCUGGCCCUGCGCUGCCUGGAGGAGUUCUCCGCCACGGCAGCCAGUUCCCUCGGUCCCCAGCUCCGUCUCUGCCAAGUGUCCGGGCUGUUGCCCCUGCGGCCAGGGUCCUCCCUGCGGAUCCGCACCCUCCCCUGGGCCCAUCUCAAGGCGGCGCCCUUCCUCACCUAUUUUGGACUCUUCCAAGUUCACUGAGGGGCCCUGGUCGCCCGCCACAGCUCUCCGGUCUCCUCUGCCUGCCCCGCCCCCACCACUGCUCCUCCCUCCUCCAGAACUGUCCCUCCUCCCGCAGGCUGCCAGGGCCUGUUCACUUGGUCUCCAUCCCACAUAAACACUCCCGUUCUUACCAUGCCCCCCUCCUGGUCUCUGCCUCACCAGCUCUCAAGCCCUAACCUUUCCAUGCCCCCAUUUACCCCCCUCCCCCCAGUCCCUGCUUCUCCCCCUCAUUGCCCCAGCCCCAACCAGGACACUGUUUUCUGACUGUGGGCAAGGAUGGGUCCCGAAGACCCCCAUCUUCAGGCACGAAGAGGAGGCUGGACCUGGUGGCAGGAAGCCAGAGAGCCUGGGACUAGGCCAGGAGCUCUGAAAUGUGAGGGUUAGGGCCCAAGACAAGCUCUUCCCUUAAAACUCCCUGUGGAUUUUUAGAACAGAUAUUAUUUUUAUUAUUAUUGUGAUAGAGUGUUGAUAAAUAGAUACUACAGAGAAUGA